AUGAAAACAUACCAUGGCCCGCCUGUGCCCUCGAAAUCGCUCCUCCGUUUCCUACGCACUCAACUCGAUGCUUCAACGCAGGUGAGCUCAUCACCCUGCGCUCUAAGACAGCGGCUUCAGCCAGCAUGGCAGUCUCGCGCCAUCACAACCUCGACCGUCCCGCGAAUACCAUCUCUACGAUGCACGAACCACGAUAGAAAUCCCACAUCCACACACAUUCACGCCCGCACCUUCGCUUCCUCCUCGCGACUGCGCGAGGGUUUCUGGCGUAAACUGCGGCCCACGCGCAGUCCACCCAAAAACUUGCGACCCGACGACCUACCUCCCCUCCCGGGCUUCCUUGACGAUAGCGUGGGUCUGGGCAAGAUUGUCAAGCCGAACAAUUCCCUCAAGCUGCGUUGCACCGAGUUCGACGAGAACGGGAACGUCACUCUAGUCAAUGGGGAAUUCCGCAAGAGCGAGCUGAUCGCCAAAUAUUCGCUCCUGCCACGGGACCUGCGGAAGAUCGAUAGUAGUGUACUUCCUCACAUCCUGGUCCGGCCAUCCGCGAUAUUGAUCAACCUCCUCCAUUUGCGAUGUCUGAUCAAGCACAACCGCGUCUUGGUCUUCGAUGCGUACGGCUCCACAGACUCUUAUGCGCAAAGCUUGUUCAUGUACGAUUUGGAAGGGAAGCUGCGCCAACGGCAAGGUUCCGCGACCGCUGGACAUCUGCCAUAUGAGUUCCGCGCGCUGGAAGCGGUUCUGAUCAGCGUUACCGGUGGUCUAGAAAGCGAGUUCGAAGGCGUGCGUGAGCCCGUUGUUCGCGUACUGCGGGAGCUGGAAGAGGACAUUGAUCGUGACAGGCUGCGGCACCUCUUGAUUUACUCCAAGAAGCUGGGCACGUUUGAACAGAAAGCCCGGCUUGUGCGAGAUGCCAUUGAUGAUCUGCUCGAGGCCGACGACGAUUUGGCCGCCAUGUAUCUCACCGAGAAAGCUGAGGGCACGGAACGUGAGGACGACAAUCACGAGGAAGUUGAGCUUCUGUUGGAAUCCUACCACAAGGUCGCCGAUGAAAUUGUGCAGAGCUCCUCCAACGUCGUCAGUGCGAUUCGUAACACGGAAGAGAUUGUGCGAGCCAUUCUGGACGCCAAUAGGAACAGUCUCAUGUUGCUUGAUCUCAAAUUCAGCAUUGGCACGCUGGGCAUAAGCGCUGGUAUGUUCAUCGCUGCGCUCUACGGAAUGAACUUGGAGAACUUCAUCGAGGAGACACACUACGGCUUCUUCGGUAUUUCGGUUGCCUCUACCAUCUUGGCGGUCAUUGCAUGCGUCUAUGGUCUAAGGAAACUGCGUAAAGUGCAAAGACUAUCCAUGUGGGGAGAAGGGGGGCACACCAAUGGCAGGAAUCGUUCUCGAGGAAGCUGGAACACAAUCGAGACUCCAGCUCCCAUAGACGAGCCAAUGGAGAAGCCGCUGGGACCUACGGUCGCUGGGAUUGUACAAUCGGACAGAAUGAAGCAGUGGCGGCAAAAUCAGGUCGAGCGACUCAAAACUAUGGACAAGAGUACAUAG